AUGCUUGACCACAUCGGCAUCACUGUUCCAGUAUCGCGUUAUGAAGAAGUCAUCACUUGGUACCUGGCUGCACUUGCACCACUCGGCUACAGCAAACAGAAAGAUUUCCAUGGGCAAGGCGCCGGCCUGGGUCCAGAUAGGUCGAAUAUCGUUUUCUAUAUCGGUGCUAAGGAUGGUGCUGAAGUAGCUGCCACGCAUAUCGCGUUCCGGUGUACAGAUCGAAAGACAGUUGACAUGUUCCAUGAAGAGGCGGUGAAAGCAGGUGGGAAAGACAAUGGAAAGCCUGGUUGGAGACAUCUGUACCACCCAAAGUACUACGCUGCCUUUGCGGUGGAUCCUGUUGGGAACAAUGUAGAAGUCGUGGAUCAUGGUCUUUCCAUAUACGAAGCCCUCUUGGGUCUUUUCAAUGCCACCACUCCGGUCUCACAGACCACCCAAACCUUCGCCGUAACAGCCUCACGUGCGAUACAAACCGACGCGGCAACAAUCUCCCUUUGGGAUCUACUGCCUAAGGCUCGCAAAGAAGCCUAUGAUCGCGGCUUCAAUGCUGGCAAAGGAGAUGGGCACGUUCAAAGCAUCAAGAAGGGCAACGGCGCUGGCUUGACUGAGGAAGGACUGAAGAUGGGGCUGAAGCAAGGCAUGGAAGUCGAAUUGCAGCGCGGCAUCAAGAUGGGAAAAGAAGUCGGCUAUACUGACGGCCUCGUCGAAGGCAUAAGACAGGCGAAAGAAGAGAUCAAGAAACUGGAUGGAAAAGACAGCAGGAGGCACAAACCGGUGGGAGAAGUGACACGAGAGAAAAUUGUUGUGAAGCUACCUCCAGCGCCAACAGAAAGCAUCGCUAAGAAGAGGAAAGACAAGAUGAUGAAGCCCAAGAGUAACGGUGUCGACCCUUUCGCGUCGCUGUUGGGUCUGGUACUCAAGAAGUAG